CGCGCCCGGUCGGAUCGGCGAACGCACCCGGACCUUGCUCUGGGCUGGUGAGCUCCCUGCACAUCCACCCAGGGGCGCGGGGUUAAGACUGGAAGCCACGCUGGACGGCGUUCCGCCCAGCUGGUCGCUUACAGAUGGGGAAACUGAGCUUCCGAGGGGGCGUGUCUUGCCCCGGGGCAGACAGCGAAUGAGCUGACCCGGAGCAGUUUUCCCGGGCUCCCAAUCCAGACUUCUGUUAUACCUGUGCCUCUUACAGCCCUUUGCCAGACUACUUGUUGAAAUUUGAGGCAGGAGGUGUCUCCUCCGUGAGCCUCACUCUAGAAGAUUGAGGUUCAAGGUUAGAGCCCUGGGCGAUCGCCCUGGGAAGGUGAAUGAUGGCUGCAGAGGGGCCGAGAGUAACCAGCUCCCUGAGCCCCUUAGUCCAAGUGCCUCAAGAGGAAGAUGAACAGGAGGAGGUCACCACCAUGAUCCUGGAGGAUGACUCUUGGGUGCAGGAAGCUGUAUUGCAGGAAGAUGGCCCUGAGUCAGAGCCCUUUCCCCAGAGUGCUGGCAAGGGUAGCCCCCACGGGGAGGCCGCCGGAGGGCCGCAGGGUGCACUUGGCCGCCUCCGAGAGCUCUGUCGGCGCUGGCUGAGGCCGGAAGUGCACACCAAGGAACAGAUGCUGACCGUGCUACCAAGGGAAAUUCAGGCCUGGCUGCAAGAGCAUCGUCCCGAAACCAGUGAGGAGGCCGUGGCCCUGGUGGAGGACUUGACCCAGACCCUUCGGGAGGGCGAUUUUGAGAUCCAGAGUGACAAUGGGGAGAACUCCAAUCAGGAUCUAUUUGAGGACGCUGAGACACAUGAGAUGUUCUCAGAAAUGCCAGAAGGGGAAGGCAUUCCGCAAUCCGACUGGGAAAGUGACUCUGAAAGAGACUGUGGCUCCAGGGGGCCACAGGGGAAUGCCCCGAGUGGGGACCACAGGGAGGUGCCCUCUCAGGGCAGGGAAGUCGGGCAGCUCAUUGGCCUUCAGGGCACCUAUCUGGGUGAGAAGCCCUAUGAGUGUCCCCAGUGUGGGAAAACCUUCAGCCGGAAAUCCCACCUGAUCACUCAUGAGCGGACCCACACAGGAGAGAAAUACUACAAAUGCAAUGAAUGUGGGAAAAGCUUUAGCGAUGGUUCCAACUUCAGCAGACACCAAACCACCCACACGGGGGAGAAACCUUACAAAUGCAGAGACUGUGGGAAAAGCUUUAGCCGGAGUGCAAACCUCAUCACCCACCAGAGGAUCCACACGGGAGAAAAGCCCUUCCAGUGUGCCGAGUGUGGCAAGAGUUUCAGCAGGAGCCCCAAUCUUAUUGCCCACCAGAGAACCCACACGGGUGAGAAGCCCUACUCGUGCCCCGAGUGUGGGAAGAGCUUCGGCAACCGGUCCAGCCUUAACACGCACCAGGGCAUCCACACAGGCGAAAAGCCGUACGAGUGCAAGGAGUGCGGGGAGAGCUUCAGCUAUAACUCCAACCUGAUCCGGCACCAGCGGAUCCACACAGGCGAGAAGCCCUACAAGUGCGCCGAGUGCGGGCAAAGGUUCAGCCAGAGCUCGGCACUCAUCACUCACCGGAGGACACACACGGGCGAGAAGCCCUACCAGUGCGGCGAGUGCGGCAAGAGCUUCAGCCGCAGCUCCAACCUGGCCACACACCGCCGCACACAUCUGCUGGAGAAGCCCUACAAGUGCGGCGAGUGUGGCAAGAGCUUCAGCCAGAGUUCCAGCCUCAUCGCGCACCAGGGCACGCACACUGGCGAGAAGCCCUAUGAGUGCCUGACGUGUGGGGAGAGCUUCAGCUGGAGCUCCAACCUCCUCAAGCACCAGCGAGUUCACACUGGCGAGAAGCCAUACAAGUGUGCUGAGUGCGGCAAGGGCUUCAGCCAGCGCUCGCAGCUCGCGGUGCACCAGCGGACGCACACGGGUGAGAAGCCCUACCAGUGCCUAAUGUGCGGCAAGAGCUUCAGCCGCGGCUCCAUCCUGGUCAUGCACCAGCGUGCCCACUUGGGGGACAAGCCCUACCGCUGCCCUGAGUGCGGUAAGGGCUUCAGCUGGAACUCCGUCCUCAUCAUCCACCAGCGCAUCCACACGGGGGAGAGGCCCUACAAGUGCCCCGAGUGUGGCAAGGGCUUUAGCAACAGCUCUAACUUCAUCACUCACCAGAGAACACACGCCAAAGACAAAGCCUACUGAGCUGGCUGAGGGCCAAUGGGGAGGGCAAUCAGGCCCAGCCACGCUGCCCCCAAAUGGUGACAUCCCUCCAGGAAAGCCAUUCUUCCUAAGAGGUCUCUAGGGACUUGGGCCAGAAUCUCACCCUCGCUCAUCCCCGAUUCUAAUAUAUGCUGCCAUCUCGGUGCAUGGAGUCACACCCCCAGAACAGGAGGGGUAACUGAAGGCUGCAGAGUUGGGUCUCUUUCUGUUUCGGUGCAUGACACAUGAUUGGCUUCCUCUCUCCUGGUCCUCCGGGCCUCAGUUUCCCCUUUGGUAGCACAGGGGGAGUGUUUCUCGUUGGGGACAGAAGACAGCAUGGCCCACAGCCCAGGCCGAGGCCUCAGAAAUCCUGGAAAGUGACAGGUGCAGUCUGGUAGUUCUGCCACCCCUUGGUCAGGCUAAGGUGCCUUCACCAGGAGUUCCUGCCAUGCCAGGCUGUUAGGUCAGAAGCGGCUCUCCCUGGCCUUGUGUCCUGGGCUUUGAUUCUCAAAUCAAAGGUCAAGGUAGAUGGAUUUUUCCAAUUCUGAGUCAUCCAGAGGAAGGUAAAGCCCUUCUCUAUUUGUAGAAAGUAUCAGGGACCCAGAGACUGGAGGGAGUAUGGCCUGGAAUCAGUGUCCCCGUAGCCUUUCCACUGAUAAGAGUUGAAUAGCGCCCACCAGGGAGGGUAGAAACUGAGGAGAUGUACACCUUUGCUUGUGUCUCUGCUUACUGUCUUGUGGUAAGUUGGCUGCCAGGGGAAUGCACUAGUUUUUGUGGGGUUUUGUUUUUUGAAUGGGAAAUCAGGGACGCCAGCCACCUACUACUGGUGGGUGGUGGGUUCUCUGAGGGUGAAACAGUCCUGCACCCUUCAGGGUUGGCUUGUGUCCUCACCCCCACAGAAACUAGCCCCCAAAUCAUCUCUCUAUGCACUUGUCAUUCCCCUGUUGUUCUCAUUUUUAUUUUAUAUGAGCAAGUCUAGAAUUCUGUCUGGUAGCUUUUGUAUACUUUCAUAUUUUUAAGGAAGUGUUGAUUCUGGGGACACAUCCUCUGUCCUCUGGACAGAUCUGAGCUCAAAUAGGAGUUGUCCUACAGGUGUCAUCCUUGAUCUUGGGAUGCUACCAGGGCUUUGUUCUUGGGUCCUUGAGCCUUGAAACCAUAAAGACCAGGGGAUGAUAGCAGGUCAAGGUGUUUGUUAUAAGGAAGAAGAGAAUAGAGAAGGUGUUUCUGGGAAAUAUGAAACCACCUCCUCUAGUACAUAGAGCCUGUGAUCACAAUGGGCCUUGGUUCUUAUAGAAUGGAUGCUCAAUAUUUCCUAAUAAAAUAGAGUCCCAUUCUUUUCCUGCAUCUGCCUUUCAAUGUGAACUUAACUAUUAACCAACCCACACCUCACUUCCCACCUACUCACCUCCUGCCAUAGACUGAAAG